AUGUUAUCAACAAAAUCACGGUUAUGGUUGUUGUUUGUGGCAGUGUCCCACUUCGCCAUCUCAUGCGACGCGAACCAACAAGGCAAAUACCUCUACAAGUUCAUUCAUUCACGAAGGUCUCAAAAAAAGUCUUCACAUGGAGAAGCUUUUGGUGUUAAUGGUGUGGAUUGUGAAUAUUUUUCUCAGGCACAUGUUGAACAACAAAAUAGUGUUGAUAAGGUGAAGUCUUUGCCGGGACAACCCCAAGGGGUGGAUUUUGAUCAGUAUGCAGGGUAUGUCACAGUGGAUGCCAAGGCGGGGAGAUCAUUGUUCUAUUACUUUGUGGAGUCACCUCACAAUUCUUCCACCAACCCUCUUGUUCUUUGGCUAAAUGGAGGACCAGGGUGCUCUUCCUUUGGGUAUGGAGCCCUGCAAGAAUUGGGACCUUUUAGAGUCAAUAGUGAUGGAAGAACACUUCACAAAAAUGAAUUUGCAUGGAAUAAUGUGGCAAAUGUUAUCUUCCUAGAAUCUCCAGCAGGAGUUGGCUUUUCAUAUUCAGACAAUUCAUCAGAUUACUCAAAAACUGGUGACCACAGCACAGCCUUGGAUUCAUACACUUUUCUUCUUAACUGGCUGGAGAGAUUCCCACAGUAUAAAACAAGAGAGUUGUUUAUAACUGGUGAAAGCUACGCAGGCCAUUAUGUCCCUCAGCUUGCUCACAUUAUACUCUCAAAGAAUAAGCUAAAGAAAAGUCACACGGUGAUCAAUUUGAAAGGGGUCGCGAUUGGAAAUGGCUGGAUAGAUGAUUAUUAUUGUACAAAGGGAAUGUAUGACUAUUUCUGGACGCAUGGUCUAAACUCUGACAAAACUCAUAAAGGAAUUGAAAAACACUGUAACUUUAAGACUUUCAACCUUACAAGUGAAUGCAACAAAUACACAAACAAAGCAGAUGAUGAGAUGGGAGAUAUUGAUAUAUACAACAUAUAUGCUCCAAUUUGUAAUUCACCAGAAAGUCCUGCCACCUACUUUGGAAACGAUUUCAACCCUUGUUCUGAAGAUUAUACCACUACCUACUUAAAUCUCCCUGAAGUUCAAGAGGCUCUUCAUGCUAAAGCCACAAAAUGGUUAUCUUGCAGCGACGUGGGAUGGACAGAUAGCCCAUCAACUAUUCUACCCACCAUAAAACGGUUAAUAUCAAGUGGUCUAAGCAUCUGGAUGUACAGUGGCGACACAGAUAAUUCCGUUCCGAUAACAUCAUCAAAGUAUUCAUUGAAUUCCUUAAAACUUCACGUGGACACAAGAUGGCGUCCAUGGGGCUCUAGCGAUGAGGUUGGAGGAUAUGUAGUUGGGUACAAAGGACUCACGCUCAUUACAGUAAGAGGAGCUGGACACAUGGUUCCAAGUUCCCAACCAAAGAGAGCACUAACCAUGAUCACUUCUUUUCUUCGUGGAGAACUUCCUCCUAAACUAAAAUCUUGAGUUUAUUUAGCAUAUGCUAAAAUUGAUGCGCA